AUGCCCUCUACCUGCGUCCUGACAGUCGGCAGCACCCGCUUCGACGCCCUCGUCGCCAGCUCCUUCGACUCUACCUCGCUCUCAUCGCUCGCCUCUCUCGGCAUCCAGCACGUCCUCGCACAGGUUGGGAACAGCACGUUGCCAGCUGGAUGGAAAGAGGGAACACGUACGACGCAGCAGGGUUUGCAGGUCGAGGUUGUGCGGUUCUUGGGAGACUUGGAGGAGAGGGCGGGGAGGACGGAUCUCGUCGUGAGCCACGCAGGCGCUGGCUCCAUCCUCUCUUUCCUCCGUCCCCUCGACUCGUCUCUACCCUCUUCACAACCGAAUGCGACUCGCCGGCAGCUCGUCCUAGUCCCCAACUCGACUCUCAUGGACUCGCAUCAAUCGGACUUGGCGGACGAGAUGGAGAAGAAGGGCUGGGCGGUCGUGUGCCGAAGACCAGAAGAUCUUUCUGCGACCUUGCAGCAGCUCGCUUCUCAAGCGGAACAGCAGAGCGAGAUUUCCGCGCCCGACUAUCCCGAGCUGGACAAGGGACGGAUGCAGCGCAUCAUUGACGAGACGCUUGGCUACAUCUGA